AUGGCAGGUGAAAAUGAAGAGAAUGAGGAAAUGGCGCUGCUGCUUGAAAGGCAGCACACGGAACGAAAGGAGUUUAAGGCAAAGAACAGUGACAAGAAAAAGAAGCGGGAGGUUAGUCGUAUGGUAGUGCGUCUCGAAAAGGAGCUCACUGAGCGACACCAGGCAGAGGUUGACUCCUUGCUGUCGAAGAUCAACAACGAUUUUUCCGCAAUGAAGGUGCGUGGCGAUUUGUCGAUCGGCUAA